CUGGGCGUUGGACUCGAGCUUCAUCUUCAUCACUCAAAUUUUUUCUCCGCGGCGGGGAUUUAAUUGUGGAGCGAGAGACGCUCCGGGUUCUCCGUCUGUUCCGCGCUACAGGGCUUUGUUUUAAUCCCGGCUGUGGUUCUCCCUGAAGGACACGGGUUCUAGAGUCAGGAGCGCGCGCGCAGAGCGGGUUCUCUCUUUGUGUCUGCUUCGGGGGUUUUGGUUUCUUUGUUGAGAGGAGAGAGAGAGAGAGAGAGAGAAAUGGGAGCGCAAUCAUCUAAAACAGAGAACCCUGGAGAGGCGGCGGUUGGUUCCCCAGCCAAAGCCAACGGACAGGAGAACGGCCAUGUGAAGGUGAACGGGGAUGCGGCAGAGGUGAAGGAGGAGGCACAGACAAAUGGCAGCACUGCAGCUGAGGGAGAGCAGGAGGUGAAGAAAGAGGAGGAGGAGGAGGAGGGCGGAGACAAAGCUGAAGCCACACCUGCUGAGAAAGAGGGAGAAGACGGAGAGAAAGAAAAAGAUGCGGCAGAUGAAUCUGUCACUCCUGCACCUGCUGAAGAUGAGAAACCGUCUAGCAGUGAGGAGACACCGAAGAAGAAGAAGAAGCGCUUCUCCUUUAAGAAGUCCUUCAAGCUGAGUGGCUUCUCUUUCAAGAAAAACAAGAAGGAGACUGGUGACGCUGGAGAGCAGGAGGAGCAGAAGAAAGAGGGAGAUGAGGAGAAGGAGGAGAGGAAAACAGAGGAGGAGGACGUGAAGAAAGAGGAGGACGUGAAGAAAGAGGAAGACGAAGGUGAAGCAGCAGCAGCUGCUGCUGAGGAGCCUAAAAUUGAGGAGGAGAAAAAGGAAACGGAGGAGGUGGAGAAAAAGGAAGAGGAGGAGAAAGAAAAGGAGAAAGUGGAGGAACAAAAGGUAGAGGAGAAAGUGGAGGAACCAAAGGUAGAGGAGGCGGAGAAACCAGAGGAGGAAGUGAAGAAAGAGGCAGAGGAAGAACCUGCUGGAGUCGAAUCAUCCGUCCAGCAGGAGGCACCAAACGAAGAUAAAGCAGAGGAAGUGGCUCCGGCUGAACAGGAAACAGCGCCCGCUGAGUCAGAAGCUGGAGCAGCGGAGUAACUAACACACACACACACGGCGUGUCUUGAUUUGUUUGUGGGUCAGUGGGGUGGGGCUAAAUUUAAUCAGCCAAUUACAAACUUCAUGCGGUGACAUCACCACUCGUCCUGCACUACUUGGUGGUGGUGUGUAAAAAAAAAAAAAAAAAAGUGGUCAUGUGACCAUAUUUUAUGAUGGAUUAGUUUAACCUGAGCCCCGCCCCUUUUGACCCACAGACACUCCAAAAUGCCGUAUGAAAAUAAACACACCCCAGUUGUGGAAUAUCUCACACACACACACUUUUCAGGACAUUUCCCUGUUUGGCUACCUUUGUAUACGAUCAGAGACAUUUAAAAGUUGUUUCGUUAAAAUAACCCCUCCUUCCACUCUUUACCAAGUGGGCGGGGUUAAACCAAGUUUUCACAUUGAUAGUAAUAAUUUACAAUUUUCUAAACUCAGUAUUAAUUAUUUUAUUUUUUUACACAAAAAGUGCAGAUUAAAGGAUACGCCCAUGGGAGGGGAGUUACACAAAGGGGUGGGGCCACAACAAGAGACUUUGCAGUUUUCAGUAAGUGAAAGUAAUCGUUAAACACAAGUAAAUUUUAGCUGAAAUGUUUGGAUCCCAGCAGUGAUAUUUUAGCACUGUGUGUGUGUGUGAGUGUGAGAGACUGUCAGGAAUUAAAAUGUGUAAUUAUGUACAGGAGGGAGGUUUUAACUGUGAUUAUUGUAUAAUAAUAAUUAAAAAUCAGGCACACAGCUCUUUUACCACCAGGCCUAAUCGUUUUGUAAAAUAAAUGAAAUUUAAAAUUCAUCCUCAAGGGAUUUUUUUUUUUUAGACUCGACUCAAGCUGUGACUCUUUCUACUGUGGUUUGAUCUUUGAAAUAAAUCUGUCUGAUGCAAAAAGUAGCAUUUCCUCUUUCACUUUUUGCUCUUUUCCACUUUUGUAAAUACUGCAGAAGUUUUUUUUUUUUUUUUCCACUGGUUUGAGAUGGAAUGUAACUUUUGCUUACAAUCGUUUCUGCUCGAGGUGUUCGGGCUUCUGUGAGCACACUAAAGCAAAAUAAAUGUUCAGAAAAUUUCAACAA